AUGAUGCCCACGAAACAUCCAUUGACGUUCAGCGUGAUUGCGGAGUGUGCAAGGACAAAGGCCAGAACAGCGAUCUUGACGCUUCCGCAUGCUACUUUAGAAACCCCGGUGUUUAUGCCUGUCGGAACAAAGGGAACCAUGAAAGGAUUAUUGCCGGAACAGUUGGAGGAUCUCAAUUGCAGAAUGAUGCUCAGCAACACGUAUCACUUGGGCACGAAUCCCGGACCAGAUCUGCUGGAUAAAGCGAAGGGUCUGCAUUCUUUCAUGCAUUGGAGAAAUGGCUUGCUAACCGAUUCCGGUGGAUUCCAAAUGGUAUCUUUGUUGAAGUUAGCUCGAAUAACCGAGGAAGGAGUUACGUUCAAAUCUCCAUAUGACGAUUCCGAAUGUCUUCUGACUCCCGAAAGGUCGAUAGAAAUACAGAACUCGAUCGGUGCAGAUAUCAUCAUGCAAUUAGAUGAUGUGGUUUCUUCAACUCUGCAAGACCGUAACAGGGUUGAAGAAGCUAUGCACAGGCCAGUUACAUUGACAAUACGUUGGCUGGACCGGUGCUUGAAAGCCCACAAGAAGCCGGAAAAACAGUGCAUUUUUCCGAUAGUUCAAGGAGGACUUUUCUCUGAUUUGCGUGAGGAGUGUGCCAAAUCAUUGUUGCUACGCGAUGUAGCGGGAUAUGCGAUCGGCGGUUUGAGCGGAGGCGAAGAAAAAGCGGAUUUCUGGAGAAUGGUUACACUGUCGACGGGCAUUCUGCCCCGUGAUAAACCCCGCUAUUUGAUGGGGGUCGGCGUUGCUGCUGAUCUUGUUGUAUGUGUGGCUUUGGGUGUCGAUAUGUUCGACUGCGUCUUCCCCACGCGAACUGCGCGAUUUGGUUCAGCACUCGUCGACUCCGGCAACCUUUACUUGAAGCAUAAAAGGUUCGCAAAGGACUUCUCCCCUAUCGACCCUGAGUGUGAAUGCUCAACGUGUAAGCGGCAUACGAGAGCCUUUCUGCAUUCCGUCGUCACAGUGGAGGCGUCAGCGUGUCAUCUCCUCAGUGUGCACAACAUUGCCUACCAAGUUAGUUUUUCACAAUUUUUUAUGUCGUGCUGGGAGGUCCGUUUCUUCCUCAGCUUACAGCGUGGCAGUUUGAAAAAUAAUGCCGGAAGCAGUUCGUAUGCUUCUAUAACCUGUUAUGUGGUGAAGGGGAGACAUUGA